AACAAGCCCAGCCAUCGAGCCCCAGCCCGAAAGGCGAGGAGCACAUCAAGAGACCGAUGAACGCCUUCAUGGUCUGGUCGAGGAUACAGCGCAAGAAGAUAGCCGAAGAGAACCCCAAGAUGCACAACUCCGAAAUAUCGAAACGCCUCGGCUCCGAGUGGAAACUGCUGACGGAGGCGGACAAGAGACCGUUCAUCGACGAGGCCAAACGUCUGCGAGCCCUGCACAUGAAGGAACAUCCGGACUACAAGUACAGGCCGAGGAGGAAGCCCAAGGCACCGUUGCCGUCGGGUCUGAAAGCCCCCGUCGGACUGUCCAGCCUGCAACUUCCCUAUUAUCCGCCCAUGGAUCCGGUCAGUUCGCCGUACACGCCGUACUUCAAUCCGGCCUACGACAUGUCGAGGAUGAACGUGCCGGAUAAACCGCCGCAGUCCGUGCAACCUCCGGUCACGUCCUUACACUCGUCGUUGCACUCCGCCCUGUAUCCUUCGCUGUACCAAACGUCUCCGAAAGCUUUUGCUCCGUCGCCCAUGGGGAUGUUUCCCACGAUGCCGACGCCGAUGAUGUAUUCUUCGCCAGCGGUCACACCGACUUCGAGUCCGGGAGGCCCGGACAUGGAAAUCAGGAGGCCGGUCCCAGUUAUGUAUUAGUGAACUGUGAAACGUGAUUUUGGACUAAUUUUAUCCUGUGAUUGUAAAUAUUUGAUGAUAUUUAUUAUUAUUAUUAUGUUUUGUAAAUAUUUGUUUGACUAAUUUCAA